CAACCCCUGCAUCUGAAGAAGCAAACAAAUCGAAACUCCUCUGCCCCAUUUCCCUCUCAUCUCUCAUAACCCCAAAAAAAACAAAUCCCAGCAAUCAGGCAGCGAAGAUGAGAGCUACGAACCACUUGAUCGGUCUCCUCAACUUCCUGACCUUCCUCCUCUCCAUCCCAAUCAUCGGCGGCGGGAUAUGGCUCAGCACCAGGGCCAACUCCACCGACUGCCUCAAAUUCCUCCAGUGGCCCAUCAUCGUCAUCGGCGUCUGCAUCAUGGUCGUCUCCCUCGCCGGGUUCGCCGGCGCCUGCUACCGGAACACCAUGCUGAUGUGGGUCUACCUCUUCGUCAUGUUCUUCGUCCUCGCCGCCCUCGUCGGCUUCAUCAUCUUCGCCUACGCCGUCACCGACAAGGGCUCCGGCCGGUCGCUGCUGAACAGGGCCUACUUCGAUUACUACCUCCAGGACUACUCCGGCUGGCUCGAGGAGAGGGUCGCCAGCGACAGCUACUGGGGUAAGAUUGCGUCCUGUGUAAGAGAUUCCAAGGCAUGUGCGAAGAUGGGCGUCACCGUUAAUGGCGUCCCUGAAACUUCUGAUAUGUUCUACCGCCGGCGGCUCAACUCCAUCCAGUCUGGCUGCUGCAAGCCGCCGACAGAAUGUGGAUUCACCUACAUGAACGAGACUGUAUGGACGUCGUCAGGAGGCGUUGUGUACAACCCGGACUGCAAUCUCUGGAGCAACGACCAGUCGCAGCUCUGCUAUUCGUGCAGCUCCUGCAAGGCCGGGGUUCUGGCAAGCAUCAAGAAGAGUUGGAGGAAGGUCUCUGUGAUCAACAUCGUCGUGCUGAUCAUCCUGGUCAUCGUCUACGUCAUAGGAUGUGCAGCUUUCAGGAACAAUCGUCGGAUGGAUAACGACGAAUCUUAUGGUCAGGCGAGGAUGACCAAAGCACGACCUAGUAGCAUCCAGUUCUAAACUGGGAAUGCAGAUUUUUAUUACUCAAAAGGACGAAAAAUGUAUGUUGUGCAAUUUUUAUAGUUUUGGGUAUAUGCUUAGUUAGGACUGAUGUCUGAAACAUGCUUGGUUCUUGUUUGUGGGUUUUGAAGGGACUUAUUAGUUGUAUAUGUUUUGCUUGCAAGAAUCUGCAUUUCCAUUCUGGUCAUCAUCAAUCCUUGUAUAAGAAAGGAAGGCAACAUGAAAGAAACUAAUGUACCCACCAACUCCCUUCUCUAGACUCUUUAUGUAUCGUGGUGCUUCUAUACAUUGCAAAGUAAUGCUCUUUCGGUCUUUCCAAG